AUGCCCGUGGUACAUCACAUCCUAUUGUAUGGCUGUGAAGUGCCUGGUAGUGAUGAUGAUGCCUGGGAAUGCGGUGAUAUGACGUCAUUACAAGCCUCCUCCUCACCCCCCUCCGACCAAUACAAACACGCCCCCGUGUGUGGGGAGGGCAGCAAACAGUCCAUCUUGUACGCGUGGGCGAUGGAUGCCCCCAAACUUCAGCUACCCCCUAACGUGGGGAUCCAGCAGCCAAAGAAGGCGGGUGUCUAUCUUUUAACGAGUGUUGAUGGGGAGGUGGGUGUACGAGGGACGACCCACAUGGAGGUGGCCUGCGUCAUGCAGGAAGAUAGGGUCAUCCACCCCUUUGCGUUUCGUCGCGUCCUCAGUGGCUACAGGAUCCGCGACGGAGUUUGGACGGAAAUAGGAAGAAAAGAUCCCAGACUUCCGGAGGUGGUGAUUCCUUAA